CGCGCCAGACAUGAGACUAUCCAGGCCUUGCCAAACCCUAUAAAAUGGAAGUGUUGCGUGUGAGAAGGCAUCAGUUGAAACACAUCAACCAAUCAAUCAUCUCAAUCACCAUGAAGUCCUUUGUUGCCAUCAUCCUCUUUGCCGCCGCUGUCUUGGCCGACAACGCCCCAUACAGGCCUGCCCCUUACAAGCCCGCCUCCUACAAGGAACCGUCUUAUGACGAGCCCCCCAAGUAUGAGUACCAAUACGCCGUGGCUGACCAAUAUGCCGGAGUUGACUUCAACCAGAACGAAGCCCGUGAUGGUUAUGCCACCACUGGAGAGUACCGUGUUGUCCUUCCCGACGGCCGGACCCAAAUCGUGACCUACAACACCGCUGAUGCCUACUCCGGCAACGUGGCUGAUGUUCGAUAUGAGGGAGAGGCCCAAUACCCCGAGGAGAAGCCCUCUUACAAGCCCGCUCCCAAGUACGCCCCCAAGUAUGCUCCCGCCCCUUCUUACCAAUAAGAAGUGACUCCCGGAACACAACGACAUAGCUAUUCAUGCUGUGAUUGAUAUUUAUUCUAUUUGAUUCGUCUUGAAAUAAAAAUCAAGAGCACCUUAA